AUGAAAGAUGAAAAUCAAAACAUCAAGGAGAAAUUAGUAGAACAGUUUAUACAGCAAAAAAUUACAAAAGAAAGGAAAGUUUCAAAUUUAAAUUAUCUUAAAAUCAGCCAACAAUGGCGAUCUCUUUUGCGAGAUGUGAAAUCAAAAGAGCUUCAGAAAGAAUUAGAAAUUUUAAAACAGACCUUUCAACGUGUGCUUGAUAGAAAAGAAACAGUUAUUGCAUCACUUCAGAAAGAUCAUCAGGACCAUGAUCUUCAACACGAUCGGAUUGUUAAUGGCCAUCUUCAGAAUUUGGAUAAAUUGAUAGAAAUAGAAAGAGAAAGAGUACAAAAUUGUUAUGGUAAUUACCUCUCUCGGAAAAAAAAGCUUGGAGAAGAAUUUGGUUCUUCAGAAGACAGAAUAUGUAUUUGUCAGCAAAAAGACAUGUCAAAUUUGGUUGAUGUAACAUUUGCUAUGGAACAACAAUUUUUAGAAGCUGAGGGUGAAAGGAAAGCAGAGCUUCAAAGUAAAAAGGAUGAUCUUAAGGAUAAAAUUGUAGAAGAAAAGCAGACAUUACAAGUUGUUUUAGAAGGCUACAUUGAAGGCCUCUGGCAGCAGUUUCAAGAAGCAUUGCAAGGAUAUACUGAAAGCACAGAAAGCCGGAGAAAAGCAUUUGAAGAACUAAAAGCAAAGGAUGAACAAAAUGCAAGACAGAUAGAUGUACAAAAAAGGAAAUUACAGUCAAUCUCAGAUAAGAUUUCACAGUUAAAGUUUAAAAUUUCUAUGUAUGCUAAAGAUGACAGCCAAGAAGACAAUGUUUUAAAAAAGGAAAAAAUUGAACUUCAAAAUUCUGCUUCUUUGAUGAAAGACAAAAUCAAGGAAAUUCAAGAAAAGGAGAAAUAUGCACUCAAGAAAAUGGUUACUCAGAGUGAUGGAAUAAUACAAAAACUUAGUAUUAUUUCAUCUGAGGCAGAAAACAUCCUUAAGUCAUAUGAGAGAUGUAGGAAACUAGAAACAGAAGAGGAAAAAGUGUUACCAUUUUAUACAUCUAGUGAAGAGGAGAUUGAAGUAGACAUAUUCAAACAAACAAAAAAUAUAAUAAAGGAAGAAGCUGCAGACUAUCCAAUGCUUGAAAAUUUUUGGAAAAAACAUAACAAGGUGUUAUUAGAGACUUUAGCUCUGCAAAAGGAAUGCCAAGAUUAUGAAAACGAGAACAAGUUUUUAAAGAAACAACUGAGUGAUUACUUUGUGGGACUCAAUAAAGAUAGUGAAAAAACCAAUCCACUUCUGGUUAUUAAUCAACAAUUUGAUCCUCCUCAGAAACUGGAACAACAGCGACCGGUCAUCAUUGAAGCAGCUCAUAUAAUCCAGCAUAUCACUGAAUAGAAGUGAUUAUAAUAGGUGAACUUUUAACUCAGCAUUGUUUCUGUAUUAGCUAAAUAAUAAAACAAGUGUCUGAAAUAUA